UUGCCAUUAACGCGGACUGGCCGGGUUGCAGUCGCAGCUCGCUUCUCCGGUUGGAGCCUCAGCGCCCGGCUAUAGAAAGGCAUAGGCGGGAGGGAAACUAGGGGGCCGGGCGUUUGCUUUUGCACAGGGCAGUUCCGCUAACAGCCUUCCCCAGCUGCGGCUCCUACCCGCUGGAGCUGUGCAGGGCGGGACCGCUGACUCGGGGGCUGUCUGCUCCCGGAGGAGCCUGGAUUUGUGCCUCUCCUCUGCGCCUUGUGGGCGAGCGGCAGCCGCGAGAGGCAUCCCCCUGCCUGCAAUCCGCCCAUGUGAUCCGAGCCCCGCGGGCUCCCGGCGCGCUGUGGGGGGCAAUUGACGCUGGGCAUUCCGGAUUGGAAGGCGCUGGGAGCGGGCGGGAGAGAGAUGCCUUCCCCACCCCCACCUCCUCCGCAGAGAAUGGCAUGAUUGGGGACAUCAUGGCUAGCAGCAUCCUCUUUAUUGUGUGAGGCUGCGUGGCCACAGCGCGGAGCCAGCAGCCCCCGCCAGCAACUCCUCAGCCUCCCGAAGUUUGUGCCCCAUGUCCUAGCUGCUGCUGCGUCCGGCCGCGAGGUGCUGAGUUAGGCUCUCCUGAGGCAGGCAGCAGGGAUGCGUUUGUGAGUGGGUGCGUGUGUGUCUUAAGAGGGGGGCAAAGAUCAUCACGCCGCAGGACAGUUAGUCCCAAGGGCAACGUUGGCGCUUAGGGGGUGUAAAUACCGAGCAGGGUAGGUGCAGCUCUCUCGCCAGACCCUUCCAGGCGGGGUGGCUCGGCGUGAUGCUAAAUUAGGUGUGCGCUGUAUCUGCAUGCCCUGAGCCAGGCUUAGCGGCAGGUUUCUGGGGACUGGGCCCCGGAGGGUCUGGGGCAAAAGCAGGGGGACUAGCUGUUGGAAGGGGGGAGGGUGCAAUAAAUAAAGCAAUAAAUGGCCAGCAACAGGAGCAUUGAGCUGGAGCACUUUGAGGAGCGGGACAAAAGGCAGCAGCGUUCCGGGGCCCGCAGAGCGGGGACCGGCUCGAGUUGCAGCAGCAGCUCCGGGCCCAAGGGAAACGGGCUCAUCCCAAGCCCCGCGCACAGCGCCCACUGCAGCUUCUACCGCACGCGGACGCUGCAGGCCCUCAGCUCCGAGAAGAAAGCAAAGAAAGCCCGGUUCUACCGCAAUGGGGACAGGUACUUCAAGGGCUUGGUGUUUGCCGUUUCCAGCGACCGCUUUCGCUCCUUCGAUGCUCUCCUGAUCGAGCUCACCAGGUCGCUGUCGGACAAUGUGAACCUGCCCCAGGGGGUCCGCACCAUCUACACCAUUGAUGGCAGCAGGAAACUCACCAGCUUGGAGGAGCUAGUGGAAGGUGAAAGUUAUGUAUGUGCAUCCAAUGAACCAUAUCGCAAAGUUGAUUAUACCAAGAAUGUCAAUCCAAACUGGUCUGUGAAUAUUAAGACUGGGUCUGCUCGAUCCUUGACAUCUCUGACAUCGAUGAAAAGUGAAGUGAAGGAGAGUAAAGAUUUCAUUAAACCCAAACUGGUGACUGUUAUUCGGAGUGGAGUGAAGCCACGGAAAGCUGUGAGAAUUCUGCUGAAUAAAAAGACUGCUCAUUCCUUUGAACAGGUUUUGACUGACAUCACAGAAGCCAUUAAGUUAGAUUCAGGCAUUGUCAAGAGACUUGUAACACUAGAUGGGAAGCAGAUUACCUGCUUGCAAGACUUUUUUGGAGAUGAUGAUGUUUUCAUUGCCUGCGGACCUGAGAAAUAUCGUUAUGCUCAAGAUGACUUUGUACUGGAUCAUAGUGAAUGUCGUGUUAUGAAGUCGUCAUAUUCCCGUUCACCUGGUACACCAAGACAAUCUGGAUCCAAAAGCCCAGGACCCUCACGUCGAAGCAAGUCACCUGCUUCAGUAAAGAGGGGUGGCCACUACUCCAGUGCUUAUUCUACAGCAAAAUCCCCAGUCAAUGGAACACCCAGCAGCCAGAUAUCCACUCCAAAAUCUACCAAGUCCUCCAGCUCUUCACCAACCAGCCCGGGGAGCUUUCGUGGACUCAAGAUUUCUCCACACUGUGGCUCUUCUUCCAAUGUGAAUGGUGUGCCUGAACUAUUCCAUUGCAUAAGUCCUGAAGGUGUGAAUGGAAACAAGUGCUCAGGGUCAUCCACUGUUCUUGAGAAAUACAGAGUGGGAAAGGUGAUUGGUGAUGGCAAUUUUGCUGUAGUAAAGGAGUGCAUAGAACGAGCCACUGGAAAGGAGUUUGCACUGAAGAUUAUAGACAAGGCAAAAUGCUGUGGAAAGGAGCAUCUGAUAGAGAAUGAGGUAUCCAUACUGCGCCAAGUGAAACACACCAAUAUCAUCAUGCUGAUAGAGGAGAUGGACACUCCAACAGAACUCUAUCUGGUAAUGGAGUUAGUUAAGGGAGGAGACCUAUUUGAUGCUAUCACUUCUUCAACAAAGUAUACGGAGAGAGAUGGUAGCGCAAUGGUCUACAAUCUAGCCAGUGCACUGAAAUACCUCCAUGGUCUCAACAUUGUGCACAGAGACAUUAAGCCAGAGAAUCUCCUGGUAUGCGAGUAUUCAGAUGGAACCAAGUCCUUGAAGCUUGGGGACUUCGGACUGGCCACAGUGGUUGAAGGACCCUUAUAUACAGUCUGUGGCACCCCUACAUACGUGGCUCCAGAAAUCAUUGCAGAGACAGGCUACGGCUUAAAGGUGGAUAUUUGGGCUGCAGGUGUGAUCACAUACAUACUGCUUUGUGGAUUCCCACCUUUUCGCAGUGAGAACAAUCUUCAGGAAGAUCUCUUUGAUCAGAUCCUCAUUGGAAAGCUAGAAUUUCCCUCUCCGUACUGGGAUAACAUCACUGACUCAGCUAAGGAAUUAAUUGGUCUGAUGCUACAGGUAAACGUAGAAGCUCGAUAUACAGCAGCACAGAUCCUAGGCCAUCCCUGGGUGUCCGAUGAUGCCUUGCAGGAGAAUAAUAUGCAAGCUGAAGUAACAGGUAAACUGAAGCAGCACUUUAACAACAUGCUACCCAAGCAGAACAAUACAACUGCUGGGGUCUCUAUCAUCAUGAACACAGCUCUAGAUAAGGAAAGUCAGAUUUUCUGCAACAAGCACUCUCAGGACUCUAAUAGAGCGGGUAUGCAGAAAACUUCUGUGAUUAUUGCUGCAGCUCAAGAUCCUCAUGUGGCUGGGUCCAAGAACCUCUCCCCUGCUGCUUCUGAGCCAAUCAAAUCCCCCACACAGCCUGACUCAGCAUGUUAUGAGAAUUCUGGGGAAAAGCUCGCUCUGUAGAAGUAACUUAAACCAAAGCCAACUUCUAGGCCAGUAGACCCCUUAAACUUAAUGAACAUCCAUCACAUGUGUGGUUUGCUCCCACUCUCUCAUGGCAAGCCCCAGGCAGACUGUCAAUAGGUGGGUGGAGGAAGUGUGUGCUGUAGCUUUGAGUGCUCUUCCAGCCUUUGGCUUCUGAACAUUAAGAGGGGGGAAGAAAUUCUGAAUGUUUAGAUUCGUUUUUAUCAUUGGAGUUGGUUUAAUGAAAUGCAUUUCUCACACCCUAGGAAUCUGACUAACUACACAUUAGAUUAAGCUAAACAAGAACAUAAUAUGGAUGAACAGUUACAAGGCCUCACGUAUGCGCAAACAGACUCUCCCAGUCAACAGAACUUGUUCCCAGAAAAGGCGUAUGCCCACAAAAAGCUGUAUUUUUCUCUCCUGUCCUAGUGGCUACAGUGAGUUGAGCUGAAGAGACAUGUUUCCAUGAAAAACUUGAGUGGAUUAACUGUAUAAUAUUGAAAGACAAGUUUCUCAGAGAAGGGGUCACUUUUCUUCAGACUUCAAGAUAGUGUUUAGAUAAGAACUUCAAAUAACUUUGGAUGUAAUAACAUGAACUCUGGGCAUUUAUUGGGCUGAAGACUGCAGUCAAGAUAGCUUUUUCAUUCUAGCUAUUGUGUAUCCUCCCCCAACAACUAUUAGAAACAAUAAAACUUCUUUGAAGGGAAAGCUUGCUGCAUGUUACAUAAGUUAGGAUGGAGCAGUUCCUAGUUCUAGGGCAAGCUAACUAAUAGAACUACCACUACCCACCAUAAAUAGCUGCCAAUAUUUUAUUACCAUCCCCAUCUUCAUCUAGUGCAGGAACUGGAAACCAUAAGGGGGGAGACACUGAUCUGCAGUCAAGGAUGGAAAGUGUUUUAUCUUUAUCAUUCUGCUGGGUUCAAUAGUGUAUGUAUUCUGCUUAUUCAUUUCCUCUGCUUGUUGAUGAGAAAAAUUGGUCUUAGUUCAUUUUCUUUGUUAGCUUUUACUAGAAUUGUAACACAGACCUGCAAUAAUAAACUUU